GAAAUGUUUUGGUUGGAGAUGAACGGGACUGAAAUUGGAAUUAGAAGAAAACUACGUAUAUCAGCGAUCACAUCUUUAUAAUACUUGUAAACACAAAAUUAUUAUAACUUUUUAUAAUUUGAUUUUGUUUACCAGUCAGUCUCACAAAAAUAAAAAUGUUGGUACCAAUCUUCACCUUGAAAUUGAACCACAAAGUUAAUCCACAGAUGGUAACAAUAGGAAAGUUUGAUGGUCUUCAUACAUCCUUAGCAUGUGCUACUUCUGCUGGCAAGGUUUUUAUCCAUAACCCUCAUAAAAGAGGUCAGAAGGGUGCCGGUCGUAUGACUGGUGCAGAAGGGGAUGUGAGCUUGUUAAAUAUUAACCAGCAGGUGGCAGCAGUCAGUGCAGGGAAUUUAGUAUCUGAGAGUCAGAAAGAUGUCCUUGUAGUGGGAACACAGACUAAUAUUCUAGCUUAUGAUGUUGAUAAUAAUUCUGAUCUCUUCUAUAAAGAUACUACAGAUGGAUCUAAUGCUGUUGUUAUUGGUCGAUUAGGUUCUAUAGAAACACCAUUAGCUAUUGUAGGAGGUAACUGUUCUAUACAAGGCUUUGACCAAGAUGGAAAUGAUGCAUUCUGGACUGUUACUGGUGAUAAUGUUUGUUCUUUAGCUUUAAUAGAUUUUAAUGGUAAUAAUCAAAAUGAGCUUGUUGUUGGAUCUGAAGAUUUUGAUAUUCGAAUAUUUAAAGAAGAUGAAAUUAUUGCUGAAAUGACCGAGACGGAAACUAUAACAGCUCUUUGUCCUAUGAAUGAUGGAAAGUUUGGUUAUGCUUUAUCUAAUGGUACAGUAGGAGUAUAUGAAAAAACUUCUAGAUACUGGAGAAUAAAGUCUAAGAAUCAUGCUGUAGCGAUAGAAAGUUUUGAUCUGGAUGCUGAUGGUGUACAGGAACUUAUAACGGGUUGGAGCAAUGGAAAGAUUGAUGCUAGAAGUGAUAGAACGGGGGAAGUUAUUUUUAAAGAUAACUUUACACAUUCUUUAGCUGGUAUUGUUCAGGGAGAUUACAGAAUGGAUGCUUCAGCAACAUCAGAUCAACUUAUUUGUGUUUCAACAGAAGGAGAGGUUCGUGGUUACAACCCAGCAGCACCAGAUAUGUCCGGGAACUUGAUGGAUUCUAAUUUAGAACAAGACAGUAUUCGCGAGUUAAGUCAGAGAAAGCAGAAUUUGAUGCUUGAAUUAAAAAACUAUGAAGAGAAUAUGAGAUUAGGCUCUGGUGGGAAUGUGUCUGCUCUGAUAGCUGGUGGUACUGGAUCAUCAGGUGGAUCUGGUGGCCAUUCUGGUAGUACUGCAUCUGGUGCUCACAUUACAACUGUAGGGGGACAAAUAGGAGAAUAUGAUAACGCACAGAUGGGAAUUAUACCUGCUAAUACACAACUACAAACAACUUUAGCUGUGAAUCCUGGUGAUGAGAAGACACCUGCACAUGUGGAACUGUUAAUUAGUACAUCCAAUGAUACAGUGAUUAGAGCUGUUUUAAUAUUUGCAGAAGGAAUAUUUGAAGGAGAAAGCCAUGUUGUUCAUCCUAUUAGUACAAACCUAUCCUGUAAUUUAAAAGUUCCAAUUAUUCCUCCUAAAGAUGUAUUAGUCGAUUUACAUAUAAAAACAUUGGUUGGUUCAAAAACUAGCACACAGUUCCAUGUAUUUGAGUUAACAAGACAGUUACCUAGAUUUUCUAUGUACUCUCUCUGUGAAAAUAAUAUUCCAGAACCAAAAAGCUCGGUCACAUUCCAAAUCAACGAACGUGUACAAAGGGUUUUGAUGUGGAUAAACCAGAACUUUUUAAUGCAAGAUGAUUUAGAAUGUGAAGGAAAUUUAAAAGUAGCAUUCAUGUCUCUGAGAGGAACGGGUCCACUUAUAAUUCAGAUGGAACAGAAUGGACAGCUUGUUAUUAAAACUGAUGAUAUGGAUGUAGCGGGUGAUAUUAUACAAGCUGUAGCAACAUUCCUUAAAAUAGAAGAUUUACAGUCAAUAGUAGAUUUUCCUAUUGAGAUGGGAACAUUAGAGACAAUUUUAGUUAGAGUUGAUGAUUUUCAUUCUGUGCGGCAGAAACUUACAGCAGAAAUGGCCGAUCACUCUAACUUGAUACGCAGUAUGGUUGUAAGAGCAGAAGAUGCCAGAUUAAUGGGGGACAUGAAAAGUAUGAGAACUGGUUAUAUGGAAUUAUAUGAUUUAAAUAGAGAUUUAAUCAGUGGUUAUAAAAUACGUUGUAAUAAUCACCAAGAACUUUUGUCAUGCUUAAAAAAAGUUAAUCAAGUUAUACAGAAAGCUGGCAGAUUAAGAGUUGGAAAAUAUAAAACACAAGUAGUGAAUGCAUGUAGAUCAGCUAUAAAAUCAAAUAAUAUUAGUUCGUUAUAUAAAAUAAUUAAAACAGGAGUGGUAUAAUACGAUUUAUUUUAUAAUCAGUAGUGGAAUACCGCGUUUUAUCAGUGAAAUAAAAGUGUUAUUCCACUGGCUAGUUGUUUUUACCUAAAAUGAUUGUAAAAUCAUAAAAUAAAUAGAACAUUUGUUGGUUUGUCGCAAAUAUCCUCUAUAUAUUACACACAUAUCAUUUAUAACCAUCCAUCAUUGUCAUAAACGAAUGUGGUUGUACUGUCCAUAUAUGAAUAUGGACAUUCGUGAAAAUAUAAGUUUUCUUGCUUAGAGAUGAAAUAAAAUAUGUUAUUCACUCUAAAACGACAAAUAUCCUCUAUAUAUUACACACAUAUCAUUUAUAACCAUCCAUCAUUGUCCAGUAAAAAUUAGAAACUGUCCAUUUACAACUAUAUGUACAAAACUGUCUAUUUUUUUAUUUGAUGCAUGAUAUACACAGACUUUGUAAACCGUCCAUUAAGUUGUACAAAUAAGAAACGAUCCUUUUACAACACUAUUUACAUAAUUAUGUAACUGUACAUUUAUAAUUAAUUGCAUAUAAUGUAUACAUUUGCUCACAAGAUGACUUAAAUCACUCGAGGAUUAUCCAGACAUAAAAUCUUAAUGAGGAAUGGGCCAUUCAUAGUUUUUAAGUUAACCCUUCCUUUCGCAUGACGUCAAGUAUAAUUUCAGAUUUGUCAGAAAUUAUUGGAAUUGUACCAGGAAUGCCAAUUGGCCAUGUAAUCUAAAUCGAAACAUCAAAAAUUAUUUGAUGAGCUUAGAUUUUCAAUUUACCAUUUAGAAGGUAAGAAUAUAACAAAAGCAAACAGAAAAAAUUUAGGAAACUAUCUGGCACACCUCUAAAACCGUCCUUAUUUUGUAGAUAUUUGGCAUAAAAAUCCAUACAGUAAAACUUUAUAACUAGUAAUAAAAACAUGUACAGUUGGUAGGUGAUUCUUACAUUUAUUUAUUAUGCCUGUUAUUGUUUUAAUGUAUUACAUAUAUUAUAUUUGUUAUUGUUAAAUAUAGAUGUUCCGUAGAUAUAACUUAGAAAGUAAAAUAGUGCUGGUUAUAUAUUUAUUUUGUUUAUUCUAUAAUAUAAUGUUGACACAUAAGAUGUGAUCUUCAGAUUCUCGUUCAGCACAAUAAUACUGUUUUUACUCAGAAGAGUUACUCAGAUUCCCUCCCAUCACCAUAAAAUUGUUUUUACUCAGAAAAAUUAAUCAGAUUUGUAAACUGGUCAUAUUUUUAAAACACAAUAACUAAAACCGUAUUUAUAACACAUUUCAAGAUUAAACACAUAUCUGUAACUGGUGUUUACGAUACAGUAACUAAAUCAUGUUGAUUUUGAAAGAAAAAUAUUAAUACCAUUUUGAUCCUAUUGUUAUAUUUUGAGAACUAGCUUCAAGCUUAAAAGUAUUAGCUGUUCAAAAUGGUGCAGAUAUCUUGAUACAAUUAGAAUAAAUCAUGUCUAUAUCUGAAAUAUUUUGUGACAGGUAUUGUAAAUAAGGCAGUGUAUGCUUCCUCUUUCUAGACAAUCGAUAACUCUUCUUAUUUGAUGUGUUCAUAGCGAAUACUAUGGUAUCUUUGUAUUUAUACUAUUAUCUGAUAACUUUUAUUUUAUGAAACCGAAUUUGUUGUUAGUGUCUAUAUUGUUAUAAAUUAUGUAAUAACAAUAACUUAAAUAAUAAUAAAAAAUCUAUGAAAUUA